AUGAGAACAUCCAAAUUUCCAUGUAGGGGAUUGGAUUAUCGUCUCUGUCUUCUGAUUUUUGUUGUGUGUUUGGUGUUGUAUGGAACAGUUUCAAGAUUGAAUACUACAAAUGUUUCUCAUGCCACAGUGUCUAAGUUGCGGCACUUCAAUCCUAAGCAUGUUAUAUCAAAGGGAAAAGGGUACCCUCCUGUGCUUGCAUAUUGGAUUCUUGGCACCAAAGGAGAGAGUAAGAAGAUGCUGAGGCUGUUGAAGGUUGUGUACCAUCCAAGAAACCAAUACCUACUUCAGCUUGAUGAUCGCUCCUCUGAGUCUGAAAGAAUGGAUUUAGCUAUUUCAGUUAAAUCAAUUAAGGUGUUCGAGGAAUUUGGAAAUGUGAAUGUCAUUGGGAAAAGUUAUGCCAUCAAUAGAAUGGGAUCUUCUGCUCUUUCUGCUCCUCUGCAUGCUGCUGCUUUGCUGCUUAAACUGAACCCAGAAUGGGACUGGUUCAUCACCUUAAGUGCUUCAGAUUAUCCUCUCAUGACUCAGGACGAUAUCCUUCAUGCUUUCACAUUCUUGCCAAGAUAUGUCAACUUCAUUCAUUACACUAACAAGACAGUUCGGAACGAGCAACGAGACAUUAAUCAAAUUGUGGUAGACCAAAGUUUACAUUAUGAAAAGAAUAGUCCACUUUUUUUUGCUGUGGAGUCCAGAGAUAUCCCAGAUGCUUUUAAGCUAUUUCGAGGCUCACCCUGGAUGGUUCUUACAAGAGCCUUUAUGGAGUACUGUGUUAGAGGGUGGGACAAUUUACCAAGAAAACUUCUAAUGUUCUUCACCAAUGUGGCUUAUCCUGUGGAAUCAUAUUUCCACACAGUGUUGUGUAACUCCCACGAGUUCCAAGACACCACUGUGGACAAUAAUCUAAUGUACAGUCUUUGGGACACCGAUCCAUCUGAAUCCCAAUUGCUUGAUAUGUCACACUAUGAUACAAUGCUGGAAACUGGGGCUGCAUUUGCUCGCCCAUUUGCAGAAGGUGAUGUGGUUCUGGAGAAAAUUGAUGAUUUGAUCCUUAACCGAUCAUCUAAUGGGUUGGUUCAAGGAGAGUGGUGUUCAAACUCACAAACAAAUAAGACCACAGGGGUUUCAGAAGCUGAGGAAGAAGAAGAAGAAGAGUUCUUGUGCUCACAAUCUGGCAAUGUUGAUGAUGUAAAGCCAGGGCCAUAUGGCAUCAAGCUUAAGACUCUACUAGCUGAAAUCAUGAACACGAGGAAAUCCAGACCUAGCCAGUGCAAAUCCUUUGAAAGGUGGUGA